AAUAAGAAAAGUAAAUUUUAUAAAACUUCAAGUUUAAUAAAUUUUCCAACUCGCUGAAUCCAAAUUUAAAGUUAAAGUUGACUCGAAACAUUUUUAUAUCGCCACUUAAAUUUGAAAAGCUUGAGCGCUUAGCCCAACACUACCAAGACGCCCGAUAAGUACAUAUAUUGUCAUUGAAAAAUCGAUUCCCUACAAUGUAAUAGUGAAGCUUAAGAUUGAAUCUAUUCGAUACAACCGGUCACAAGAAACUGAAUCGUCUUCAGUGACAGAAAAAUUAAAUUCUACAAUGCGCAUAUGCAAACUUUAUUAUUAAUAUAUACACAUUUAUGCAAAUAGUCGUGUGGAAUAUACGAUGGCUGAAUUUCUUUGUACCCCAUAUGUCACAAUAUAUCGUCGUCUAAAAAUAAAACCGGACUUCUAUACGUUCUGAGAAAAAAUAAUAAUAUCUCGAGCAUUAAAAAAAAAAUCGCAAGACAAAACAUUGAACAUGAGGAAGAAAACACUGAAUGAACCGAUAAAUUGGACUGAAGAUUCAAUAAACGCUUUAGGAUUGUACAAAAUAAUAACCCAAAUAAUUUGUUCGUGGCCACUUGAGCCGCGUAAUAUUUACUGGAAAAUACGUAUCACUCUAUUGCUUAUUUUUUUGGUUAUCUCGGGUUUUAUUUUAAGCGAAGAAUUGUUCGAUCACUGUGGCCCUACUGGUGACAUUGUUUUUAUAUUCGGUCUUUUUAUAAGCACCCUAUCAGCAGUAUCAAAAAUAAUAUUACUAAAUAUCUAUCAUGACAACAUGAUAAUUAUAAUCGAUAACAUAAUUAAUGACUGGUGGGACGCUAAAGAUAACGAUUAUUUGAAAGCAAUAAUGCGUAAAUAUUCAUCUUUAAACCGCUUAUUAUUUUACAUGAUAUUAACACCUUUGUUAAUUUAUAUAUUUAAAAUAUCAAGUGAACGAAUACCUUAUACAACUAUGAUUGAUAAUGUUACUGUAUUAAUACGAACAACUCCAGUAAGUUCUGAAUGCUGGAAUUACGCAAAUACGCCUGUAAUUAUUUACAUAACACGGUUUGUUUCCCGUAUUAUUGAAUGUUGUAUUUACAAUAUCGCAAGCGGCGGAGUAGAUUUGUAUUUUUUUGUGAUAGCUAUGCAUAUUUGUGGACAAGUUGAAAUAAUAAGUUUACGUUUUCAAAAAUUUUAUUUAAACAAUCAAAUUUUUGACAGAAAUAAAUUAUUGGUGAUUAUUAACCGGCAAAAAUGUUUAUUGGAGUUGAUUGAUUGUCUGCUCGAUGCUUUUGAAUUUUUAAUGCUCGUUGUAUUGCUUUCAUCAACAAUUCAAUUAAAUGUUAUUGCCUAUACUGUGCUUUUUUAUAUGAAAGAAAAUAAUAUUAAAGCAGCUAUCGAGAUAACAAGUGGAACAUUUUUUUAUGUUUUUACGGAGCUAUAUAUUUAUUGCUACAUUGGUGAUAAAUUGUCAUCACAAAUUGAUAAAUUAUGUUUUGCUGUUUACGAUUGUUGUUGGUAUAAUUUUCCAAUUAAUGCGCUCAAAGAUAUUGUCUUCGUGAUGAUGAAGAAUAAUCGAGGAUUCAGUUUAACGGCGGGUAAAAUUUACGUUAUGAAUUUAGAAAAUUUCAAAAAUAUUGUUAAGACAAUGGGUUCAUUUUUUUCUGUUAUGAGACUAAUGGUUUAUAAAUGAAAAAGAAAAUUUUUGUUCAAAUAACACUAGGAAAAUAAAGACUUUUAAUAACAGACUACACACUGUGAUGGCGAAUUCCAAGUGAAGAUUGGCUGCAUGAGCUGACGGCUAGAGCUGUAACCAUUAUCUCAAAUCAUGUUUUAUAUCUGCCAGGUUAUUGUUUCAAUAAUUACCUGCAUUGAGACUCAAAAUUUUAUUGUUUUGAGUAAAAUGAAAAAAAAAAAAAUUUAAUACUAGUAGAGCAUCAGAGUAUGAGCAAACUAAAUUGUCGACUUCGUCAUAAGUUAAAGUGUCAUUUAUUUAUUUUAAGACUUAUUACAACACAAGUUGUAAUGCAAGUAAUAUGAAAAUAUACUUACACAGUGCAUUUUUAAUGCAACUGCUUUAAAUCCUAACAAAAAGACCGAAAAAUAUCUAUAUUGAAACUAGAAUCCUAAAAAAUUCAAGACUUGCCUAUAUUUUAAGCAAUAAUUAUUCCGCGCUCAUUUCAAAUUACAUUUAAAAAAUAAAAAUAAACGUAUCAAUUAUUAAAAAAAUUUGAUCAGAAAAUACGAAUUAAUUAAAAGAAAUAAAUAAAUUCCUAGUAGCAUUUUUAGGGAAUUUUUUAUGUAAAUCUG